AGUAAAGAAAUAACAAAGCAAAAGCAAAGAGAGUGGUAAGGCUCCACACUCAAACUCUUCACUCUCACUCCUCUCUCUUUCCGCUUGCCAAUGGCUCUCUAUCUCCGAUCUCUCUCCAUCAUCCUCUUUCUCCUCCUCCCCUCCUCCACCGCGAUGUGGUGCGUUGCUCGGUUUGAUGUUACGAGCCAGGCGCUUCAGGCGGCUCUAGACUACGCAUGUGCCGCUGGAGCCGACUGUGCUCCAAUCCAGCCCACUGGUCUAUGUUUCCUCCCAAACACCGUUCAGGCUCACGCAUCUUACGCUUUCAACAGCUAUUUUCAGCGUAGAGCCAUGGCUCCUGGUUCUUGCAACUUUGCCGGCACCUCCACCAUCGCCAAAACUGAUCCAAGUUAUGGAUCAUGCGUGUACCCAAGUUCUUUGAGUAACGCUGGAGGAUCAGCUUCGACCACAACGGUAGGUGGAACGCCGACAGCAACCGCCGGAAACAUUCCAGUGACGUCACUGAGGCCACCGUCUGGCACCACGUCAUCCCCGUUUGGAAUAGGUGGCAAUGGUCUAAUUCCGCCGGGAAUCACUAACACUGAUGAAUCCGGAGCUUAUGCAAACACGAGUACUGUCUCAAUAGUAUUAUUGGUGGUCUCCGUUUUGUGGUUUAUAUAGGUUUCAGAUUUCUGUAUGCAUUGUAUGGGCUCAACAUUUUUGUUAAAUGGGUAAUCAAUCGGAAAGUGUUUUUAGUGUU